GAAAUGACUGUAGUUGAAAUAGCAGAGUCUGAUCUGGGGCUCUGCGUAUGGUGGGGUUGACAGAAAAAAUCUAGACUGGUUAGAAAAAGAUACUAGACAUUUUUUGGGGAAAACAUGAAUGCAGAUCUUAAGCUAUCUGAAACAUCUCCUACAACACUCCUGUUCCCCAGCCAGCUACUUGAACUUCAAUUUGAACUGACUGGAGCUCCACGUCGCUCCACUCCAUGCUUGCUUCGUCUCUUGAGAAGACCACAGCUGAGUUUCCUAGCACAGCCCCAGGAGACUUUCUUUCCUGAACCAGCGUUAGGCAAAGAGGACAGAAGGCAAAAGGGGGUUUGUGUGGAAGCCAAAAGUGAGCCAAGCUGUUGCUGGCAACCCUUGUCUUGAUGUUAAACCUACUGCUUUGAGAGAGACCAGGCAGGGGAGGGAUCUUGUUUUGUAGAGAGGAGGAGGAGGAGGAGGAGGAAAGAAACUUGAAACUCGCUUCCUUUGUGGCAUGUCUGUGUCCUGAACAUCUCCUCCCUACCCCACUGUUUGUUAAAUGAAAGCACGUGAAGAACACGAGGUUUCCUUCUUGAGAGGGAGGGCAGUACUGGACUGAGGGAGGAGGAAGGCAAGCUGUGGUUUUGUGGUGUCAUUUACACAGAGAUCAGAGCCUAGUGUGCCUGGGGGUGGGAGCAGAAAGAGAAAGGGCAUCUGAUGCCAGCUGCCAAUAUGACAGAAACCCUGCAGCUCCCAGCACUGCAAGUCCCAGAGCAGCAGGUGGUGGAGGGUGACCGUGCCUGGUCCAGUUCGUCCACCCCAACCCUGCGCAGGAAGCGCUUCAAGAUGAGGCGGAUGAAGAAUGUGCAGGAGCAGAGCCUGGAGGCCAGCAAGUAUCAGGAUUCUCCUUCCUCCAGCAAGGAAUACCUGCAGCUCCCAUCUAUUGAAAUCACCCCCUCCAGUGAUGAGGAUACUCCAUGGUCCAACUGCUCCACACCUAGUGCCUCCCCACGGCGCAAGCGCUUCCUCCUACGGAAGUGGCUGCGUGUGAGAGAGAAGAAGGAAUACAGUGAGAGCAGCAGUCAGCAGAGCAGCCAGCAAAGCAGCCACGAUGAUGACUCGUCCCGAUUCUUGAGCCCUCUUAUGCGUGACGACAGUACUGCCAGUAACUCAAACCGCAGCACGCCUGCCUGCUCCCCGAUCCUGCGCAAACGCUCCCGGUCCCCGACACCGCAGGACUCCCAAGGAGACGCCAUGGUGGAAAAAGGCUCAGACCACUCGUCAGACAAAUCCCCUUCCACGCCAGAGCAGGGUGUACAGCGUAGCUGUUCCUCUCAGUCAGGCCGCAGUGGGGCCAAGAAUUCCAAGUAUGACAGACUUAACCUGCUCAAAAAAAGCCAGAGUUGGUAUAAUGUGUUGAGUCCCACGUACAAACAACGGAAUGAAGACUUCAGGAAACUCUUCAAACAGCUUCCUGACACGGAGCGCCUCAUCGUAGAUUACUCAUGUGCGCUACAAAGAGACAUUCUCCUGCAGGGCCGCCUCUACCUCUCUGAAAACUGGAUCUGCUUUUACAGCAACAUCUUCCGUUGGGAGACACUGCUGACAGUUCGCUUGAAGGAUAUCUGCUCGAUGACCAAGGAAAAAACAGCACGGCUCAUUCCUAAUGCCAUCCAAGUUUGCACUGACACUGAAAAGCACUUUUUUACUUCCUUUGGGGCUCGAGACAGGACAUACAUGAUGAUGUUCAGACUCUGGCAGAAUGCUCUCCUUGACAAGCCUCUCUGUCCAAAGGAGCUCUGGCACUUUGUCCACCAGUGUUAUGGGAACGAGCUGGGUCUGACCAGUGAUGAUGAAGACUACGUGCCUCCUGAUGAUGACUUCAACACAAUGGGCUACUGUGAAGAAAUCCCUGUGGAAGAGAAUGAAGUCAACGACAGCUCCUCAAAAAGCAGCAUGGAGGCCAAGCCAGAAGCUAGCCCUCAGCUGCCAAAGAAAUCUGUCACUGCCAGCACACUGACAUCUACGGGAAGCAGUGAAGUGCCAGCCUCGUUUGAUGGAGUGCUACCAGAAGAGGAGGAGGCCGUGGCAGAGAGUCCUGUGGAAAAAGACCUUGGCAUUGCAAAUAUCAUGGGAGAGAAGAUAGAGAUCAUUGGCCCCGUGAACUCCCCUUCCCUAGACUUCAAUGACAACGAAGACAUUCCCACUGAGCUCAGUGACUCUUCAGAAACCCAUGAUGAAGGAGAAGUCCAGGCCUUUUACGAGGAUCUGAACGGCCGUCAGUACGUGAAUGAAGUGUUCAACUUCAGCGUGGACAAACUGUAUGACUUGCUUUUCACGGACUCCCAGUUCCAGAGGGACUUCAUGGAACAGCGACGGUUCUCUGAUAUUAUCUUUCAUCCCUGGAAGAAGGAAGAAAAUGGCAAUCAGACCAGAGUGAUCUUGUAUACCAUUACCCUCACCAACCCUCUGGCGCCCAAAACUGCCACUGUCACUGAGACGCAGACAAUGUACAAAGCCAGCCAAGAAAGCGAGUGCUAUGUCAUAGAUGCAGAGGUGCUAACUCACGACGUCCCCUACCAUGAUUAUUUCUACACCAUUAACCGCUACACGUUGACUCGUGUUGCCAGAAACAAAAGCCGACUCAGGGUUUCCACAGAGUUACGUUAUAGGAAACAGCCUUGGGGACUGGUGAAAUCCUUCAUCGAGAAGAAUUUUUGGAGCGGCCUAGAAGAUUAUUUCCGUCAUUUGGAGAGUGAACUGACCAAAACGGAGAGAACGUACCUGGCUGAGGUCCACAGACAAUCCCCCAAAGAGAAAGUGAGCAAGCAAUCGACCGUGCGCCGUAGGAAACGGGCCCAUGCCCAUCUGCGGGUGCCACACUUGGAGGAGGUGCUGAGUCCCGUCACCACCCCCACGGAUGAGGAAGUUGCACAUCGAAUCAAGCAUGUGGCAGGUUCCACUCAGACACGGCACAUCCCCGAGGAGAGCCCUAGUGGCUUCCACCUGCAGAGUGUCUCCAAGCUGCUCCUUGUCAUCAGUUUUGUUCUGGUGCUGCUGGUCAUUCUCAAUAUGAUGCUGUUCUACAAACUCUGGAUGUUGGAAUACACUACACAGACGCUCACGGCAUGGCAGGGCUUGCGGCUACAGGAAAGGUUACCCCAAUCUCAGACAGAAUGGGCCCAGUUACUAGAAUCUCAGCAGAAGUAUCAUGACUCAGAGCUACAAAAAUGGCGUGAGAUCAUCAAAUCCUCAGUGAUGCUUCUAGACCAGAUGAAGGAUUCACUAAUAAAUCUUCAGAAUGGCAUCGGGUCCCGGGACUUCGGGUCAGAUCCAGAGGAGAAACGGAAACGUUUCCACUAACAGGCAGGAAUGCAGGAGGCCAGAGGACGGUGUGCAAUAUGUGUAAAUAGGAUAUAUAAAUAUAUAUAUAAAUAUAUAUAUAUAUACAGAAUAUAAAUAUAUAUAUUAUAUACAGAUUUUAAGAGAAAAAAAAAGCUUACGUAUCGAGAGGAAGGAUUGACCUCCAACACUGGCUGAAAUGGAGCGUCUCGGUGGAGCGUGGUGUGUGCGUGUAUGGGAGGGCUGUGCUCUCCCAGCACUGAGGUGCGCUUAGGGGUGCGCUGGCGUGUGCUCCCCUGGGCCCGAGCACCGCUCUUCUGUACUAUUCCUGGCUGUUUGUCUGUCUGUUUGUCUGUUUUGUUUUUGUUGUUCCAAAGGGAAGCAUCAGAGUGAGUGCCCCCCCCCCACCCCUGCGCAUGAAGGUCCCUGAGUGACUAUAUUUAUCUAUACAUACAAAGGGGACACUGUCAACUUUCUUACCUUGCUAGCUUCAGGGCAGAGAGAUUUUGGCAAUCGCCGUCAAUCCCUUACAAAAUUAUUCCACAUUUGGAGAGGAGGCCUCUGGAAGAAUUGCUGUAGGUCUGUAGAGAGCAGAUCUCACUAGGCAAUCACCUUCUAUACUUCUUGGAGCGGAAAUACAAUUUGCUGUCGUGCCAGCCAGCCUGGUUCAGAGAGCAAAGCACAGAAUGUAAAUGAGCUGAAAUGCUUCCUCCAAACACUAGUUUGCUGCCUCCUGUUAUUGAUACUGCGUUAAUAGCCAAGGAAAUGGUGAGGAGGGGAGUAUCUGCCUACAAGGUGCGUGGAUGGAGGAGAGCCACACCACAGAAAGCGCAUUUCCAUCGCUUUGACAGUGUCCCCUUUACAUUUUCUGUAGUUCUCUGCUUUCUAUGUGCUUGGCCCCUGCCAUUAAGCCAUCCCUGUGCUGAAGACCCACACUGGUGCUGAAAGGGCUACUACCUGUGUGACUUCCCACAAUAGGGGGAGUGCCCCAACUUAAAACCAAAAUUAGUAUUUAUUUGCAACUGCUCCCGCUACCCUGCUCAGCAAAUUUCCCUCCUGCCCCUGGUCCGCGAGACCAUUUUACUCGUACCACCUAGUCUUAGAAACUCUGCGGGAAAACACGAGGGAGAAGAAAGAGCAACUUCCUUUCCUUCACUGGGGUAUUUACAUGACUGUGAAUAUAGCAACAACUGUCACUGUGGAUAUUUACAUGACUGCAUCUAUAUAGCAACAAGGCCUGCCAAAGUCCAGGAGAAGUUAGGAAGGGUCACGAAGGCCAAAAAAGAAAAGAAAGAAAAAAGGGACAGUCAGUGGGUGGCAGGAUAGAUCUGGAGACAUGUCCAUGGUGUGAGGCAGCAGACUGGUAUCCCUCAUAAGCUGCACAGUGAAGCAUUUGUUGUGUAAGCAAGUCAAGUAGAGCUGCAUUAAAAAGACAAUAUGCAUUUUUACUUGUUCUGGGGGCUAAUUCCUGCUAGCAGCCAAAUAAAGAAGAGGGGCAGCGAGGCUGUGCUGUGCAGCGUACCAAUUGGGAUGCAGGGUGCUCAUCUGAAUGUUCAAUAGAUGCUUUCUUAUCUUACCCAGCCAGCUAGAUUAGGUGACAUGUGAGGCCCUCAAUCUCCACCUUGUUCAACACCAGGAUUUUUCCACCUUCUGAAUGGCCGGAGGGAGUCAGCUGCAUAUUCCCCAUAUGCAAACAGCACAGUUUCAGCUCGUCCGUUGUCUCUAGCUCCAAUGGGUGCUGAAAGAGCAGGGGGCAUAAGGGUGAGUAACUGCUUGUUGUAUUCUGUACCAGAAACUCUCAUCCGCACAGCUGGGUGACAAAGUGGAGUCUAAGGAAAACCCUCACAAGCUCCUGCUUGUGCAUUCCAAUUAGGGAAAGGUAAUGUUCGUAGCAGUAACUCGCUGAAUUCUCUCCCAACCUGCCUACAAUUUUCAUGACCAAGUGCUAAACACAACAUGGCCCACAGAAGAAGACUCACAUUUGAAGGAGCGUGGGUGAAGAUGGGUUAUCAAAAAGACAUUUAAGAGUGUGAAAGCAAGGUAGAAUUGGGAAAAACAUGCCUCACCAACUAGAGAGUAAUGUGUAUUUAUAACUAUUUAUUUAAUUUAAUGCUGCUGACUACUGUACUGCUCCCUGACUUUUUUCCAGGGAGGCUGCUGACAUGGCUACUGUACAAUGAAACUGAGGUGCUAGUGCCUGGAAAGGGCAUUCUGUGGCUUAUCUUGGGACAGGAGGGCCCCGACUCCCUGCUGUGACUUGCCACGCUGGCCAAGAGUCAGUCCUGUUUCCCCAUUAGUCACUCCCACAAUUACUAAGCACAGAAAAAUCCCCUGCUGCCCCUCUUGCCCUUUUCUAGAAUUUAAUUCCAAGCACCAAGAAAGAAGACAGAGAGGAAGCCCUGUGCGUGCCACCUUGCCCAUGCCAGAAAAGAAAAAGGCCACAUCUUGAGAGAGAAACCUGGACUGUGGGGGUGUCUGCCACCUGGCCAGGAGGGUUUUGUACAUAGAUGGACACGACCCAUCGAGGGGCAGAGAAACCCACGUGUCCGAAAGGGUCGAAAAUAAAUGGUAGUGGUCAGAGCUGAUUUCUUACCAAUUUCAGAGUCUUUUGCUAUUUAUGGAGGCCAGAAAUCCAUUUGCUCAUCCAUGCAUCCUCCUUCUUCUGCAGCGUUCUUCCAAAUUGCCAUUGCAUUAGGUUCAGGAUGUUCCCACUGACACGGCUUCCUUGGGCUCAACCCUAGCGACAGAACUGCAUAAGCUCUGUUAAAUUAAUACAAUGCCACACAGAGGCAGCUAGACCAAUCUCGAGCACUAAUAUUCGUUCUGCCUGCACGUUACGUUAAACUGGGUUUAACAUGUUUGACAUAGAUCCUGACGCACAAGUACGUUAAAUCCUUCAAUAAAGAGUGGAAGGGUGGUGGUCACCAAACAACCCCGUACGUGCAGUGCCCUUCAGACCGAGAAAGGUUUCUCUUUGAGGCCUUAGGUUUCUUUUUCUCAGAUUCCUAGUUAUUUACUUUCUUUUUGCCACUUGGCAGCAAGUCUGGCUUGGAGUUGGAUAGGAUUCAUGAUCUUUCAGUGCCUCUUAAUUUAGCACAGUAGUAAUACGAGAGAGAAAAAAAACCAACAAGGUUUUUUUUUCUGAAGGCAAAACCCACAAUGGCACUAAAGAGAGCUAAAACAAAACCUUGGCAUCUUUUCACCUAGAUGCCUUCCUCUUGAGAGCUAUGAUAGGAAUCACCUGCUUCUGCAGUUGAGUCCCAGUCAACAGAUUAAUGCCUUUUGCAGCCACAGACAAUUUUGGACCUGUCAGUUUAGGAUUUCAUUUCCUGGAGAAAUUAGCAAUGUGUUCUAGGAGCAAGGCUGAGCAACCCCAAUAAUGUUACGGGGGGGGGGGGUGGGGGGGGGGUGGUACUUCUGCCUUCCCUAAGCGGUCACAGCCAUGUCGUAGCUUGGCUCUGUUGUCAGGGUUUUGCUUCUUUACUAGCUUGCCUUGCUUACCUGUGCCAGAAAUCCCACUGCAAUGCUAGGGUUUUGUUUUUUUUUUAAUAGCACCUUGCAGAUGCGUUUCCCUGCCAAGUCCUCCCUCUGACCCUUCUGCCGCUGCCAGUCUGCCAGGUGAACGCAGCUGGGUUUUGAUUUGCAGAAUCUGAACAACUACAAAAGAGAUUUUUUUUUUU